AUGACAUUCACCACUGAAUAUUAUGAAGCAGUAGACCUCCACGUUCGAUGGUCUGACACGCAAGAUUUGGUAUUGCGUAUUUCUCCUCAUGAAACAAUAGCUGAUAUCAAGCAAAAGAUUCAGCAGUCGUCCGCCGUAAUACGAAAUAAGUAUAUUCGCUUGAUUCAUAACGGUCGAAUCCUUCAUGACAACACCACUUUGUCCGACCACAAUAUUGGAAAAUUCAGACUCAAAGAUGCCAAGGUUCAGCAAACGUCACCUCUGCCUGUGUAUAUUCAUUGCUCAGUAUCCGAAUAUGUGCCAGAGAAAAGAAUUCCUGUCAAAGCCAAGACUUCGGCUUUGACAUCGUCCAGAGGAUUUGACCGUUUACGAGACUCGGGCUUUUCCGAUCAAGAUAUUCAAUUGAUCCGCACACAGUUUCAUCGACUUCAAGGAACGCUUCGUACACAAAAUACACGGGAUCAAGCCCAAUAUCUGGAAGAACAAUGGAUGGAGCAUUCCGAAACCGCAUUAUCCGAUGAAAGUGAGUGA